AUGUCGCGGGCUUCGAAAAUUACAUUCGCAUGCACCUCGCUCGCGACCGCAGGCAUAGUCUAUUUUGUUCACUGGUCCCAGGAGGCAGAUAAAGCUGCGAUGCAUGCUGGCGUGCUGAGAGAUCUCGAAAACCAGAAGGUUAAGCGCGAACGACAGUUGGAUUUUGAGAUGCAGAGGCGAUUGGAGGAGGAGUAUCGGAAGAUUCAAACAGUAUCGGACGGGAGUGUCCCGGCCGCUAGUGGCAGCACAGGAGUGAGCCCAGGAACUUAG